UGUCAUUCUUAGACAACAAUUAAAAAAUGUCGGAAUCGUGUCAAGACGGUAAUUGUCAUGGAAAUAAUGAAUUUGGGCCUGACGAAUCACCUACGAAGCUUAUCGUUAAUUAUAUUCCCGAAGUUAUGACGCAGGAUAUGAUGUUUUCACUAUUCUCAACCAUGGGUAAAUUAGAAAGUUGUAAAUUGAUAUCGAACAGAGGGUACGGUUUCGUGGAGUACGCUCGUCCAGAGGAUGCUAUUAAAGCGCGGAAGGCUUUCAACGGGCUGCUAAUGCAAAACAAGACACUAAAGGUUUCACACGCUUUACUCAAUCCAGAGUUGAAACCGCCCUCGAAACCGGAAGCCGACUGGAACCUCUACGUAUGUAACCUGCCCAAUGAACUGGCGUUGCAAGACUUACAUGGACUAUUCGCACAAUUCGGUAAAAUAAUUAAUUCCCGCAUCGCUUCGGGUAUAGCUUUCGUGCUAUACGAACACCAGUAUGAAGCUGAGAGAGCCAUUCACAACGUCAAUGGCUCCACUCCACCCGGUUUUCUACACCCACUAACUGUUAAGUAUGCCAAUAAGAGUAAUCCCAACAGACAUAAAAACAAUAACAACAAUUUCUCUAAGAAUUCCCUCAUAAAGCCUUAUCAAUGGAUUAAUCAUGUGGGUGCUAUAGGAGAUCACAACUCCCCGAGCACAUGGUCGAUAUAUAUUUAUAAUAUUGCUCCUGAAGUAGAAGAAUUGACUUUAUGGCAACUGUUUGGUCCCUACGGUGCUAUUGUAUCAGUUAAGAUAAUAAAAGAUCAUCAGACUAACAAGAGUAAAGGUUUUGGAUUUGUGACAAUGAGGAAUUAUGACCAGGCAGCGAUGGCGAUACAAGCAUUAAAUGGUUAUGUGCUCCAGGGCCAGCCGCUAUCUGUUAGUUUCAAAACACAAAAGAGAUAAUGUAAAAACUGUCCUAACUCUCUUUACAAUAUCAGUACAUUAAUUAAUAGACAAAAUGACUCCUUUUUCAUUGAUACACAUCAAUUAUCAAAAUUAUCAAAAUAGUGCUGAGAUGUAUUCCCAUUUACAACAUUAACUUAAGUGCGGUCGGUCAACUCUUGUUAAAAGAUUAUAUUACUUUGAGCUAUCAAUAUUGUUAAGUUUGUUUCUUAUUAUGAAUAAUAAUUUAUUCAGUUUGCUCGUUAAAUGUUUCAAGUUUACUAGACGUUUAAGAUUUGUAUUGAAGAUUGUUGUUUGGAAGUUCAACAUCAGUUGUGAGCUAUGUGCUUUGAUUAUUAUUUUUUAUCUAUUAUUUAAGUAUAAUAUAUACCAUUAUAAUGUGCUUUUACAAGAUCUUACUAAUAAUAUAAGCCACAUGAAGAUGUUUAAUCAGCUACUAGUUUUAGUUGUACACUUUUUAUAACAUGAUGUCUAUUUAGGUAGUGAAAACAAAAUCUAGAUUUUAUCAUAUUUAUACAUUUAGUAUAAAAUUUGCUGAAUUAAAAUUCAUUUU